AUGGAAGAGGUGAGCCUUUCCACGGCCCUUGGGCGUAAGCAGCGACAGCAAAUCCAGGAGCUGUGCACCAGCUUCGCGCCAAUGUUUUCCGCCACCCCAGGACGGACAGAACGGGCAUACCACUCCGUUGACACAGAGAACUAUCCAAUGCCGGGCACAGAUGAGCUAUUGGAGAAACUGGGACGUGCCCCGUUCAUCUCCACCGUAGACUUAACUGAGGGGUACUGGCAAGUGCCGCUAGAUGACCCAGCCCAGGAAAGGUUCUCCUUCAGCAUGGCCGAAAAUGCCUCCUCCCCCUAUGAGUAUGAUGGAGACUACGAGGAUGACUCCAGCUUGGAGGCCGGCACCAGGCUGCGUGGCACCAUGCACAUGGUCUCCAUGGUGAUCUAUUCCAUCGCCUUCGUGUUGGGAGUGAUGGGCAAUGGGCUGGUCAUUUUCAUCACUGGCUUCCGGAUGAAGAGGACGGUCAACGCCAUCUGGUUCCUCAACCUGGCCGUGGCCGACUUCAUCUUCACCUUCUUCCUCCCCCUCGGCGUGGCCUACGUGGCCCUGGGCUUCCACUGGCCCUUUGGCCGGGCCUUGUGCAAGAUCAACACCGCCGUGGCCUUCCUCAACAUGUUCGCCAGCAUCUUCCUCCUCACUGCCAUCAGUGCCGACCGUUGCGUCACCGUGGCCUGGCCGGUCUGGGCCCAGAACCACCGCUCGCCCCGUUUGGCCUCCCUGGUGGCUGUGGCCGUGUGGUUGGCAGCCUUCGCUCUCAGCUGCCCCUAUGUGGUUUUCCGGGACACCGGGAGCUCCCCUUUUCAGGAGAACGUCACCCACUGCUACAACAACUACGCCCUGUCAGAUGGCUUCCAGGGGGAGGAGAUGGCUGGGCUGAGGGAGAGCCGGCACCGGGCCGUGGUGCUGACCCGGUUCGUGGCUGGCUUUCUGGUGCCAUUCGCCGUCAUCCUGGCCUGCUACAUGGUCAUCGCGGCCAAGAUGAGGAGAAACCAGCUGGCCCGCUCUGGCAGGCCCUACAAGAUCAUGGUGGCCGUGGUGACGGCCUUCUUCCUCUGCUGGUUCCCCUACCACGUCUUCUCCUUCCUGGAGGUGUCAGUCACUGCGGUGACGCCCCAGCUCCAGUUGCUCCUGGCAGUGGGGAUCCCGCUGGCCUCAGGCCUGGCCUAUCUCAACAGCUGCCUCAACCCCCUCCUCUACGUCUUCGUGGGCCGGGAUUUCAGGGAGAAGCUCCGGAGCUCGGUGCUGUCAGCCUUCGAGGGCGCCUUCAGCGAGGUCUCCGGCCAGUCCUCCCUCCCAGCCAGCAAGAGCAAGGCCAUCACCGAGGCUGAGUGUUACCUGGUGUAG